CCUGUAGGUGAGAGGGGCGGCAGGAGCUCCUUGCCCCGUGUGGAGCCUGGUCCUUUGGAUACCUGAUUCUGCUCCGUUUCCUUCUAUGAAGUGCUUAGGCAACUCCUGAGGUUUUUCUUGAGAGUUAAGUUCUUCUGUGCCUGGGCGUGGAGGAAAUAGUGAUGGUUUUGUCCUUUUCUCUGACCUCACGACUUUUGCAAAUAGGCGGGUGCUAGAAAUUGGGCAAGUAGUUUCUGAGGCCAGGGCCUUUGGGAUGUUAUUAGAGCAGGAAGUGUAAAAUGGUAAAGUCAGGAUAGGGGUAAUAACAGGGAAUCGGUGUGAUGGUUUUUUUUUUAAUUCGGCCCCCAAGAAUAUUCUCAGGACAAUUAAAAACAUUUGAUGUAAAUUGUUAUUUUAGGGACUUUAAGUCUUCUAUUGAAUAUUGAUCUUGAGUCCCUGUGAGAGCUUCUUUUGUAAAGUUUUGUCAUGCAGUUCUGUUGUGAUGGCUUUCAAUAGUGUUGUUCAAAUGAGGUCAGUUUUCUUGUCUUUGUUGCCACUAGCUCUUAUUCUUGUCCGAACACACAGAAUUGGUUUCUACAGAGGAAAGUGGGUAUGGUGAUAGAUUGUUGGAAAUUGCUCAUUUUCAUUGCAUUAUGUGUCCUGCUUCAAACUAGGUUUUUUUCCAACAGCUGAGGUUUUCAUGGUUUUAUAAAGAAGUAGAAGUGGAAGAGGCUGCUGAAUAUAAGCUUAGUUUGAACUAGGAAGCAACAGGGCUUUUCAGUCCUACAAGGCAAGGUGACUGUCUUGUAUUUGGAUGUUCAACCUAGGGGGAAUGGAUCGCAUUGAUAAUGAAAGUCUGUUGAAUCAUAGUGGUGUUGACAAUGCUUCCUUUUUAGCACUCAAGCACAAAACUAGCGGGGACAAAACAAACCAGUUAAGCAGGAUCAGAAGACAUUGAGAGAACAGAGGAAUUGGAAGAAUUGAGCAAUGACCACGUUACCAUUGUUGUAAGGAAGAAAACUUUGCCAGAAGAAAACUUUUUAGAAGAUGUGCUGACCAGAAGGAUCCCUCACUUGUAGCCCUUGGUAAAUCUGGUGCCUUAUAAAUAUGGGGUUUGGAAGUGACCUGAAGUAUUCUCAUGAAGCUUUGCUAAAACUGCAAGAUUGGGAGUUGCGGCUAUUAGAAAUGGUGAAGAAAUUUAUGGCCACAAGAAUAAAAAGUGACAAAGAAUAUGCAUCCACUUUACAGAAUCUUUGCAAUCAGGUUGAUAAAGAGAGUACUUCACAACUGGAUUAUGUUAGUAAUGUAUCUAAGUCAUGGCUGCUCAUUGUACAGCAAACGGAACAGCUUAGCAAGAUCAUGAAGUCACAUGCGGAAGACUUGAAUGCUGGUCCAUUACAUAGACUUACCAUGAUGAUCAAAGACAAGCAGCAAAUAAAGAAGAGUUACAUAGGUGUUCACCAGCAGAUUGAGGCAGAGAUGUUUAAGGUAACAAAAACAGAAUUGGAAAAAUUAAAAUCUAGUUAUAGGCAAUUAAUUAAAGAAGUAAAUUCUGCAAAAGAGAAGUACAAGGAAGCUGUGUCAAAAGGAAAAGAGACUGAAAAAGCCAAAGAUCGUUAUGAUAAAGCUACUAUGAAACUCCACAUGUUGCACAAUCAAUAUGUAUUGGCACUGAAAGGAGCACAACUGCACCAACAUCAGUAUUAUGAUACUACACUUCCUCUAUUUCUUGACUCCUUACAGAAGAUGCAAGAAGAAAUGAUUAAAGCACUAAAAGGGAUUCUUGAUGAAUAUAGUCAUAUCACCAGUCUUGUAACAGAAGAAAUAGUGAAUGUUCAUAAAGAAAUUCAGACUUCUGUUGAACAGAUAGAUCCCGGUUCAGAGUACAAUGGAUUCAUCGAGGUUCAUAGGACACCAGAUGUUGUACAACAAGAAAUAGAGUUUGAUACAUCUUUAUUGGAAGAAAAUGAAAACCUUCAAGCUAAUGAAAUUAUGUGGAAUAAUUUGACAGCUGAAAGUUUGCAAAGCAUGUUGAAAACUGUAGUAGAAGAACUGAAUCAGACCCAGCAGACACUUCUAAACAAGGAGGAGCUUGUGUUGGAACUAGAAAAAAAGAUUGAAGAAUCUUCAAAAAUCUGUGGGAGGAAAUCAGAUGUUGUACUUCUGCUCAGUCAAAAGCAGGCACUAGAGGAACUGAAGCAAACAGUUCAGCAAUUGAGAUGCACUGAAGUCAAGUUUGCUGCCCAGAAAGAACUUCUAGAACAAAAAGUUCAAGAAAAUGAUGGGAAAGAGCCCCCACCUGUUGUAAAUUAUGAAGAAGAUUCCAGAUCAGUCACUUCUAUGGAUAAGAAAGAUAAAGUUUCCAGGUUUGAUACAAUUCGGCAUUCCAUUGCUGGAAUGAUAAGAUCUCCAAAGUCUAUGAUAGGCACUUCAUCGUUCUUUGAUGUAAUAUCAGCCACCGAAAGACCAUUGGCAGAGCAAGAUUGGUAUCAUGGUGCAAUUCCAAGAAUAGAAUCUCAAGAGCUAUUAAAACAGCAAGGAGACUUCUUGGUACGAGAGAGCCAUGGGAAGCCUGGGGAAUAUGUCCUUUCUGUAUACUCGGAUGGACAACGGAGACACUUCAUCAUACAGUAUGCUGAUAAUCAGUAUCGAUUUGAAGGAAUUGGGUUUCCAACUAUUCCUCAGCUUAUAGAACACCACUACCAAUCAAAACAAAUAAUUACAAAGAAAUCAGGUGUAGUUCUGCUGAAUCCUGUUGUUAAGGAUAAGAAAUGGGUUCUCAGUCAUGAAGAUAUCACACUGGGAGAAUUACUGGGCAAAGGUAAUUUUGGUGAAGUAUACAAGGGAACACUAAAAGAUAAAACUGCUGUUGCUGUGAAAACCUGUAAAGAAGACCUUCCUCAAGAGCUGAAAAUAAAGUUUUUAUCAGAGGCCAGAAUACUCAAACAGUACGACCAUCCGAACAUUGUAAAGCUUAUAGGAGUUUGCACUCAAAGGCAGCCUAUUUAUAUCGUUAUGGAGCUUGUUCCAGGAGGUGAUUUCCUCUCCUUUUUAAGAAAGAAGAAGGAUGAGCUCAAAACCAAACAGCUUGUGAAAUUUUCGUUAGAUGUUGCUGCUGGUAUGGCAUAUCUUGAAUCCAAAAACUGUAUUCAUAGGGACCUUGCUGCCAGAAACUGCCUAGUAGGUGAAAAUCACAUACUGAAAAUCAGUGACUUUGGAAUGUCUCGUCAAGAAGAUGAUGGAGUCUAUUCCUCUUCAGGCUUAAAGCAGAUUCCCAUCAAAUGGACAGCUCCGGAGGCUUUGAACUAUGGGCGAUACACUUCUGAAAGUGAUGUAUGGAGUUUUGGUAUCUUUCUUUGGGAGACUUUCAGUUUAGGUAUAUGCCCAUACCCAGGAAUGACUAAUCAGCAGGCUCGGGAGCAAGUAGAGAAAGGCUAUCGAAUGUCAGCACCUCAGAAAUGCCCAGAGGAGAUCUAUAAAAUAAUGCACCUGUGUUGGAAUUAUAACCCUGAACUCAGACCAAAAUUCUAUGAGAUUCACAAAGAACUGGCUGCAAUCAAGAAGAGAGUGACAUAGUGAAAAACUAGCAGGAUUCAAACUAGACUUCUCUUUUUCUAGAAAGUAAUAUUUUUGUCAUGAACACUAUGCAUUUAUAUCACAUUGCUUUGGGUUUUCUUCUGGGAUUUCUUAAAACAAACGGUUUGUGUACAAAUUUGACAGGCUGCAAGAACAUCAUACCUAUGUAGAAGAGGAAGAGAGGCUUUGCCAAAUACCGUGUAACUAAUCACAGUGAUACUCUCUUUUAGGUUGUGUGUACUUAGAAUACACACACAUAAGGAACUCUGGCUUCUUUCUUUUACUGUGAUAAAUUCCUCACAAUGUUUUUCACUUUUUUUCUCAGAUUUCAGUUCAGUUCCAAGUUUUCAUUCCAGUCAUUCUACCAGCUGAAUGAUUUACACAUCUUUCCUACAAGUCUUAAAACUGAAGGUGCAGUUUUUAAUGUUACCUCAGUUUUAAAAGAUUAUACAAUGCAGUACUCCAAAAAAAAAAUCCUCCACCACCAGCUGAUGUAGUCUUGGAUUUGCUGGUUCUUGUUCUAAAAAAACAAAAUAAGCUAAAGGUUUGUUUGUGGAACAGGGAGCGCACUCGAAGUUUCUUGCAAAUAUUGCAAGACUCAGAAAACAUUUCCAACAAUGAAUGUUUAUUUCCCUUUUUAAAAAAAAACAGGGGAAAAGGCACAAUUCACCAGGAAUCAGCAUGCACAGAUCUAUGUCUGGUCUUGCUUUUAUUUUUAAAAAGUUGAAACUGGGUCAUAUAUAUUUGUCUGGAAAUAUUGCAGAUGAUCUGUCUUUUCUGAAAGAUGAACUAUAGCAGUAUACAGUUGUUUCUGAAUGUGCACAUUUAGAAGUACUAUCAGCAAGAAACAUGUUUAAGUAUGGGAAUGGCUCACAAUGAACAUUACCAGUAGCAUUGAUUUUGAAUGGGAAAGAGAAAGUGAAUUGCCAGAUUGGCCUUUGGAAACUCGGUGUAUUGAUGUUCCUGUUUUGUAUGCUGCUGGAGCAAGGAAAAGGGGAAAAUUAUAUUCCAUAACACUGUCCAAGGAGAGAAAAUGUCUUUCGGUAGCAAAAAGAAACCUCUAAUGAUACUGAAACAAGGAAAUGUGUCUUCCACACUAAACAAACCACAGAGUUGUAAUACAUUGUAGGACACACACACACCCCACACACAAUUGUUUUCAGAUUCUUCUGGGUUUAUUCAAUGACAUAUAACAUACUCAUCAACAUAGGCUAUCCCAGGACAACAAAAUUUUGAAUGAAUUAUAUCUGGGUUUAUUUGUAAUAAGAGUUUUUCUCAGCUGCUUUGUAAUCUGAUAAUAUAUUUUAAAAGAUUGACCAUAGCUGCAGAGGUUCUUGCCUAAGAUAGCAACAUGACAGUAUGUCUUAACAAGUUGGUCAUCACUAGCCCAAGGGUAUGGAGGUGUGGACAUAAAACUGUGUUUUUAACUUUCAAUGACGUUUUGUACAAUAGGACCAAGAUGUUACAUGUUUUGCAGACCCUCCCAGCCAGAGAAUAUUUGCUCUUUUUGUGUAUUUUUGUGGUAGUACAGAGUGGUAAUGUUGAGCAGGGUGUCUUGUACAUGUUGUCUAGAAAGGCUGAUGUUAUUAACAGGAUAAAAUUUAAUGUCAGAAUAAAAUGAUAAAACAUUUGUAUUGAAGAAAACUGUAGGUGGACUUGUUAGCACACUAGCACAGGAGAAAGUUGGGCUUCUUUCUUUAUCCCACAGAUUGAUCCAUGGGUUCAGAAAUCUAGUGCAAAAGCAGAGGAUGGGAAGAAACUUUAGUGCUGACUACCCUGGGAGUUUCUUUAUUUAGCAGUGUGUAUACACUGAUCUUAAAGAUCUGUUUGAAAUGAGAAACAUGAGUUUGGUUACUAUGAUCCUAAAGGGAUCCUAAACAGUGUGCCUUAAUUCAUUGGCAUUCCUGUGUUAAAUGAAAUGCACAAAGACUGAAUGCUAACACCACAUGGGAGAAGUCACAAAUCUGUCUGCUGCAGGUCUUCAUCUAUGCAUUCACUAAUGUACAAAUGUAAGAACAAGAAUGUAUUUUCCUUUUAUUCCUGGUGUUCUUAGUUUUUCUCUUAAGGGUUAAUAUUUUUAUAUAGGAGAGACUAUACCAUUUCUAAAAGUCUUUUGAAUGUACUCUUCCUUGGUGAAAGGCAAAGAACAGUUCUUCGCCUUAAUUUUAUUAACAGGACACACUGUUCUGAUCUUCUUGUGCAGAUGUAAAGGAUAACUGCUAUUUAUAUUUCAUUUAUGUAAGCAGUUAAAAUUUGCAAUUCAUGUCAUACCGCUGCUCAAAUUGAAAAUCCCUUUCCAAACAGAAUACCAAAAGCAUGUAGAGUUUGUUCUGUCUGCCCUGUGUCUGAAAUUGGUGAUCUGUUUAAGAUCAGAAACUAUAUGGGAUAUUGUCAGACCUGGUUUAUUCAUAGAAAGUGAGUUUAGUAUAUGGUAGUUAGGUUUUCACAAACUUUAUGAACCAUUUUCUUAAUGUAUCUUUAUUAUAUAUAACACAACAAUGCCUUUCAUUUAAAAUAUUGAAGUAUAUUAGGAAGUUCAAUCCAUACCAGAUACAUGUGGACAAAAACAAUUAGCUGGGAGGGGAACAAAAUACACACAUGCUUGGGAAAUGAUAAAGGGAAAUCUAUAUAAUCCAAAGCUGGAAUAAGCUGUUGGCUUAAGUCAAA